CGUGACGUCAGUCGAUGGCGCCCUGUGACGUGUGGUGUGUGCGACAGUGACGCUGGACAGUUGGCGGAGAAAGAGAAACGAGAGCGAGAGAGAGAAGGUGGAUCAGAGAUGAAGUCUGAACCGGAUCCUCCAGGAUCUGGAAUCAAGUCAGUCCGAAGGUCUCCUCGUCUGUCCCCUCAGAAUGAAGGAAAGGAGACAAAGAGAGAAGGAGAGAGUUUCAAGGAGAUGAAGAGGAGAGGAAGGAUGGAGAGAAGCAGAGAGGAGAUGGAGGACGAACUAAACAGCAGACUGCAGACACUGGACCUGUCCAGCAGAUCUUCAGUCAGUGGAACUGGUCUUGUUUAUUCUGAAAUCUUCACUCAUCAUCAGAACCUGUGGGAACCAAGUCAUGUAGAGAGUCCACACAGAGUGACGUCCAUCAUGAAGGAGCUGGAGACACAAGAGCUGCUGUCUCACUGCAUCAGAGUGGAGCCCAGAGAAGCUACAGAGGACGAGCUGCUUCUUGCUCACAUGAAACAUUAUGUGGACAUGAUAAAAUCGACCCAGACGAUGUCAGAGAGUGAACUACACACUCUGUCUGAGAAAUACGACUCUGUUUACCUGCAUCCUAGAAUUAAGAAGAUUAAGAGGAUAGUGUUGAUAGUGGACUGGGACGUUCAUCAUGGUCAGGGGAUCCAGUACCUGUUUCAGGAAGACCCCAGUGUCCUGUACUUCAGCGUCCACAGGUACGAGCAGGGAUCUUUCUGGCCUCACCUGGCCGAGUCAGACGGGGGGUUCGUGGGCAGUGGACGAGCCGAAGGACGAACCAUGAACCUGGCCUGGGACAAGACGGGGAUGACUGAUGCUGAUUACAUUACUGCUUUCCAACAACUGCUGCUGCCUGUCGCCUACGAGUUUCAGCCUCAGCUGGUUCUGGUCUCUGCUGGAUUUGAUGCUGCAGUCGGAGAUCAGAAGGGGGAGAUGUGUGUGAGUCCUCAGUGUUUCCAUGUUCUGACUCACUUGUUGAUGAGUUUGGCUGAAGGUCGACUUGUUCUUGCUCUUGAGGGAGGUUAUAAUCUGCAGUCGACAGCAGAGGGUGUUGCAGCCUGUGUCAGAGCUCUGCUGGGAGGAGCCUGUCCUUCUUUGACUCCGCCCACUGUCACAUCUGACAGUGCCCUGCAGUCGAUCUCCCGGACCGUUAGUGCUCAGUACCCACACUGGGCGAGUCUGCAGGUGCUGGAAGGCAGCUCAUUGGCCGAGGGCAGUGUCAUCAGAGCUAUGAGCGAUGAGCAGAGCACGAAGCAGCCCAGCUCCGCCCCCUCUGUUGUCACGACAACAGGUCUGGUUUAUGAUGACAGGAUGAUGGAGCAUCUGAACAUGUGGGACAGACAUCACCCGGAGCAGCCGCAGAGAAUCUCCAAGAUCUUCUCCAAACACCAGCAGCUCGGAUUGGUCAAACGCUGCCAGCGGAUACCAGCGCGCCCAGCAACAGAGGAGGAGCUGACCAUGUGUCACAGUAUGCAGCAUGUGGAGCUCAUUAAAUCAUCGUCAGUGAUGAAGUCCAGAGAUCUUCAUAAACUUGGAGAAGAGUUUAACUCGAUCUUCUUCAACAACCAGAGUUUUCAUUCUGCUCAGCUUGCAGCCGGAGGCUGUUUUAAUGCUGUGGAGAGAAUCCUGAGAGGAGAGGUGAGUAACGGCGUGGCGAUCGUGCGACCUCCGGGACAUCACGCAGAGAGAGACUCUCCAUGUGGCUUCUGCUUCUUCAACACAGCAGCACUCGCCGCUCGUCAUGCCCAGAAAAUCUCCCAACCUGCACCACUGAGAGUCCUCAUCCUGGACUGGGACGUUCACCAUGGCAACGGGACGCAACACAUGUUCGAGGACGACAACAGUGUCCUGUACAUCUCCCUCCAUCGCUAUGACAACGGGAUAUUCUUUCCAUCAUCAGAGGAUGCCGCCCCAAAUAGAGUGGGUGUGGCCAAAGGGGCAGGGUUUAACGUCAACGUGGCGUGGAGCGGAGGACGGAUGGGCGACUCCGAAUACCUUGCUGCUUUUCACCACGUUGUCAUGCCGAUAGCUACCGAGUUUAACCCUGGUCUGAUCCUGGUGUCGGCCGGGUUCGAUGCAGCACGGGGUGACCCGCUAGGUGGAUAUCAUGUGACCCCUGAGGGAUACGCCCACCUCACACACCUGCUGAUGUCACUGGCCGGGGGGCGGGUCCUUCUCAUACUGGAGGGAGGUUACAACUUGUCGUCCAUCUCUGAGUCCAUGGCGAUGUGCACCAGCAUGUUGCUAGGAGACCCUCCUCCAUCCCUGGUGACCCCACUCCCCCCUCCUCAUCACGGCGCUGUGGCAACAAUUAACGAGGUCAUCCGACACCACGCCCCCUACUGGAGGUCCCUGAGGAUAAACAUCCCAGAGUUGGUGCGGGCAUCUCUGCCCCCCCUGAAGCAUCGUGGGAAACGUAGUUCGAAAGGAAAAGGCAGGAAGUCAGAGCAGAGCGGCACAGACAGACCCCUGCUGCCCCCUGCAGGAGCGAAGGACUCAGCGGCAGAGCAGAGUCUUCACCAGCUCACUCAGGGAUUGGCCAGUUUGGACAUCAGCCAAACUUCCGUCAGUCACGCACCUGCAACGUCCACUCCAGUGGGCGGGGCCAGGGCGAAGGUCCGGCCCAGCCCGGAGGUCACAUGUGAGGGUGAAGUGAAGGCGGAGUCCGGCAGUCUAGCCGUAUGUGAGCAGAACCAAUCAGCAGACAGCACACUGCCCCAGACUCAGAUUGUUGCUGUUCCUGUCGGAGAUGAAGCUGCUGGAGGAGCUGGGGCGGAGCUUGAGGCAGCAGGGGCGUGUGGUUGGUCAAAGCCUCAGAUGUGUGUGGAGCUGACGUGUGGAGGACGAACAGAAGAAUCAUCACUAUACGUGGUCGACCCUCUCUCCUGGUGUCCUCACCUGGACUCUGUUAAGCCCCUCCCCUCCUCAGGUAUAAACAUCUACAUGCCGUGUCAGGACUGUGGCUCUGAAGCUGAGAACUGGAUCUGUCUCACCUGCUACCAGGUCUCACAUCACCUUCACUCAAGUGACCCUGAGGAUC